AUGGGUUUCAAAAUAUCUAAUUUCAUAGGAGAUCCUUUUGCUAUAUCUACUGUAUCAUUUGGAAUAAUAUCUUGGGUUAUUGCAUUAGGAGGAGCAGCAUCAUCAGUUCAAAAAGAAUUUCCUCAUUUCACUUGGUGGGGAAUAGCUUAUCAAAUAGUUAUUAUCUUAAUUAUAUUUAUACUUUAUUCAAAUAAUAAUAUUGAAUUAUAUAAAUUUACAUUGGUUGGAUUAGUAAGUGUCGCAUUUAUUUAUACAACAAAUUCAACAAAUAAUUUAAUUUAUAAUUCUUCAUCAUCUGGUAAUUUAUGUUGUGCUGCAGGUUGUAUAUUAUUAAGUAUAUUAAAUUUAAUUUGGAUUUUAUAUUUUGGAGGUCAUCCAGAAUCUCCAACAAAUCAAUUUAUUGAUAGUUUUAGUUACAAAAAUAAUCAUCAUCAUCAACAUGAACAAUUGGGAAAUAAUAAUAUAACUAAUAAUAAUUCUUCAAAUAAUGUAUUAAAACAUGAAUCAUAUAUUGAUGAUCAACAAAGUCAAGAUAGAAGAUAUAUUUCACCAAUUAAUUUACCACAACAAGAUCAUAUGAGACAUCUUUCUAACACCAAUAACUCAACUACCAACAAUAAUAGAGCAUCAAUUAGAAACUCAAUAGCAAAUAAUAGUAAUAAUACUACAACUUUAAACAAUAGUAGUAAUAAUAAUAAUAAUGUCAAUGCAUAUGUAUCAUCACAACAAUUGAAUGGAAUAGAUAAUAUAAAAGAUAAUUCAACAAGAGAUUUAACUCAAAAUAAAAGAACAACUUUUUAUACAGAUUCAGAAACAAAUACUGGUAUAACUUUUAGAUAUAAAGCAAAAGCAUUAUAUAGUUAUGAUGCAAAUCCUGAAGAUUUAAAUGAAAUUAGUUUUGUAAAAGAUGAAAUUUUAGAAGUUGAUGAUAUUGAUGGUAAAUGGUGGCAAGCAAGAAGAUCAAAUGGUCAAGUUGGUAUAUGUCCUUCAAAUUAUGUUAAAUUAAUUGAAUCAUAA